AUGAAAGAUUCAAUAAAAAGCAUUGUAAAUAACUCAAGAACAGGAGAUGAUAGAUUCUUAGAAAUCAUCGAUUAGGCUUUUAACCCUAUCAGGUGUGAUUAAAAGGAAUUAAAUUUUUUAGUAAAUUUUCUCGAGGGAAAUAAUUUUAAUAAAUGGAUAGCAUAAAAACAGAAGGUUUCUUCUGAACUCAAAAAUUUAGAAGAAGAUUUGGAAAUUUAAAUAUAGAAAAUCUACACGAUCUGUCAUUUGUUUGAUUAAUUAAAUACUCAUUUGCAAUAUUAUAUUACAGAUCUUAGUUCUAAUGAAGGAGAGGAAAAAGUUAGCGUUUUUUAAUUUCAAGGAUUCUCAAAGUUCAAAGACUAAUUAAUACCAAAAGAUUUUAUUCUCAUAAGAGAUAUAAAUGGAAAUAGAACUUACAAAUAGAAUGAAUAGAUACUUAGAUAGUAACAUAAUUAUCAUAUAACAUAGAGAGAAUAAAAUAUCAGGAUAGAAAAAUGAAAAAAUAUUAAAUAAUUUUGAAUAAAUGAAAUAUUUAGAUUUCAAAGGUCAAUAUGGAAUUAAUGGAUACAAAAUAAAAUAAUGGAACUAUUUUUGGAAAGAAAAAAAUGUUGGAGGCGGAUUAUACAAUAUAUACGGAUAAAAAGUUGGAAGUUGGAUAGAUUUAUGUGAAAAUUAUUGGGAGUAAUUUUAUAAAAUAAACUUAAAGUGAAAAUAAAGUGUAUGAAGAAGGAUAAUAUGAAAAAAAUAAAAGAUUUGGUAAUUGGAUAUACAAAUGGAAUAAUAUAAAAAUGUAAUAAAUUAAAUAUAAAUUAGUGGAGGAGGAUAAUAUGAUGAGAAUGGAGAAGGAACUAAAAUUGGUUACUGGAUCGAUUUAAGUGAGAAUUUUUCUCGUAGUCAUUAAGUCAUUUAUAACGGAAAAUAUAAAGAUGGUAAAAAAGUUGGCAUUUGGGAAAUUAAGUUUAAGUAGAGUUAGUGGAAAGAAUUUAAAUAAAUGUAUAAUAGUAUAAAAAAUUGUGGUGUAGUGGUGGUGGAUAAUAUGAUAAUGAAAACGGCGAUAUAAAAGUAGGUAAAUGGAUUGAAUUGAGUGAAAAUUUCAAACAGGAUGACCAAAUUGUAAUUUGUGGGGAAAAUUAAAAUGGCAAAAAAUUUGGGAGAUGGGAUAUUUUGUCUAAGUAAAACGAUUGGAAGGAAUUUUAUUAAAUGUAAAAGAUAAUAAAUACAGUUGUAGUGGAGGAGGUUCAUAUGAUAACGGAAAUGAGGAAAAANAAUACCUUAAGAUUAAAUAAUAUAAAUUGA